UUUAAAUGUGACGGAUAUGCAGUGUGGAGAACUGGUGCAGACUGGUUGAUUCUGCUGCUGUGCGCGCGGCACUGAAUGUACUGUACCAUAAUAAUGAGAUGAGCGGGGACCCUUACAUGUUCAUUAAUCCCUCUCGGGUAAAUGAUUAGUAAAUUGUCCUUUUGUACCGAUACUUUUUCCGCUUUUACACAACAGUAUCAUCAGACCUCCAAUGGUUUCCUGCCUAAGCGGCGUUAAUCUGCACAGAAUCACGAAGACGUGACAGGACACCGGAUUGCGUUCAUAGGGAAUAUUUCCAUCCCGUCCCUGUAAAUCGCGUGGUGCUCGCAGUUUACGUGAAUAUAAAGCCUUUGUCGUUUAAAUAUCGUGACCCGGCAUAGAAACACAAUGGCGUGACGUCUCCCAUGCGAACGGACAGUCCCCAUUACUGCAAGGACAAGUGGAUGAAAUGUGUUUCAGAUUCUCAGGAAUUAAAGUGGUGAUGGGUGAAGUUUGAUGACGUUUAUAUGAGACAUUGACAUGUUGACAUCAAAGCCCGUGUAAAGCCUGAACGAAAGAUCUGCAGGACAGGCAAAGCACAAGAACAAAGUGCUUGUGACUUGAAUAGUUGGUGUGAUGAAUGGAAGGAAUGUGAUUGUCUUGUGAAGAAUGUUUACCCUCACAGAAGUUGCCUCUCUAAAUGACAUCCAGCCAACUUAUCGGAUACUGAAACCAUGGUGGGACGUCUUUAUGGAUUACCUGGGUGUGGUCAUGCUUAUGCUGGCCAUAUUUGCCGGGACCAUGCAGUUAACCAAAGAUCAGGUGGUUUGUCUUCCUGUUCUGGAAUCGCUGGAGGACCGAACCCCUGUGCCCGCAGAAAGGCCAUCAGAGAAAGCUCUUGGCUCAGGGACUGGAGGAGGCCAUGUGACAUUAGCAGCUGCACCUAUCGCAAGCAAAGAACAAACCGACAGUGUUGUCCAACACUUCCCACAGUCGUCUGCUGUCAGGCAACCUCAGCCUACGGGUUUACGAACAAAUCUGGAUUUUCAGCAGUAUGUAUUUGUUAAUCAGAUGUGCUACCAUGUUGCACUCCCAUGGUAUUCAAAGUACUUUCCAUAUCUAGCUCUCAUUCACACUAUUGUUCUUAUGGUAAGCAGUAACUUUUGGUUCAAGUAUCCAAAGACCAGUUCCAAAAUUGAGCACUUUGUGUCUAUUUUGGGGAAGUGUUUUGAGUCCCCUUGGACAACCAAGGCAUUGUCUGAGACAGCCUGUGAAGACUCAGAAGAGAAUAAGCAGAGAUUGAUUGGAGCCUCCACAUUACCAAAGCAUUUUUCAACCAGCAGUGAAGAGGGAAGUCCAAAUCAGUCCACACCCAUGCUUGUAAAAUCUAGCAUUAAGUUUUCGACAGAGAAGCCUGUCAUCGAAGUUCCAAGCAUGACUAUACUUGAUAAGAAAGAUGGAGAGCAAGCUAAAGCACUUUUUGAGAAAGUGAGAAAAUUCCGCACACAUGUCGAAGAUAGUGACUUGAUCUACAAACUUUAUGUUGCUCAGACUAUAAUUAAAACUGUCAAAUUCAUUCUGAUUCUGUGUUACACCAUGACCUUUGUUACCUCCAUUAAAUUCGACCAUGAUUGUGAGCCAGACAUUAAGCAUUUAACUGGAUACUCCAAAUUUAAGUGCACCCACAACAUGGCUUUCAUGUUGAAAAAGCUUCUCGUUAGCUACAUUGUCCUCAUUUUUGUUUAUGGCUUGGUUUGCAUUUACACUCUUUUUUGGCUGUUCAGACGGCCUCUUAAGGAGUAUUCCUUCGAAAAAGUCCGAGAAGAAAGCAGUUUUAGUGAUAUCCCAGAUGUGAAGAAUGACUUUGCUUUCCUCCUCCACAUGGUGGACCAAUAUGACCAGUUGUACUCGAAACGUUUUGGUGUCUUUCUCUCAGAGGUAAGUGAGAACAAACUGCGGGAAAUAAGCUUAAACCACGAGUGGACCUUUGAGAAACUACGGCAACACGUGACUCGUAAUGCACAGGAUAAGCUUGAGCUGCAUCUUUUCAUGCUCUCAGGUGUUCCUGAUGUUGUCUUUGAGCUGACUGAUUUAGAGGUCCUGAAAUUAGAACUCAUCCCAGAGGCACGUAUCACAGCAAAAAUUUCCCAGAUGAUCAAUCUUCACGAGCUGCACUUUUACCACUGCCCCGCCAAAGUCGAACAGACUGCGUUCAGUUUCCUCCGCGAUCACCUCCGGUGCCUUCACGUCAAGUUUACGGAUGUAGCAGAAAUUCCCACUUGGGUUUACAUGCUGAAGAACCUGAGAGAGCUCUACUUGGUGGGAAACUUGAACUCCGAGAACAACAAAAUGAUAGGAUUAGAUUCCCUCAGGGACUUGAGGAAUCUAAAGAUCCUACAUCUGAAGAGCAACCUCACCAAGAUCCCAACUAACAUUACGGACUUAUCACCACACCUGAUCAAACUUGUGGUUCACAACGAUGGUACUAAACUCUUGGUAUUAAAUAGUUUGAAAAAGAUGAUGAAUCUUGCUGAGCUGGAGCUGCACAAUUGUGAGCUGGAGAGGAUACCGCAUGCAAUUUUUAGUUUGACCAACCUGCAGGAGUUAGACUUGAAAUCGAACAAUAUCCGUACCAUUGAAGAGGUCAUCAGCUUCCAGCACCUCAAAAGGCUUAACUGCCUCAAACUGUGGCACAAUAAAAUAAUUUCCAUUCCAUUGUCCAUUAGUCACGUAAAAAACCUAGAGUUCCUCUAUCUGUCACAUAACAAACUUGAGACCUUGCCUACCACUCUAUUCAAUCUUCUCAAACUGAGAUACCUGGAUGUUAGUAACAACUCCAUCGUAGUGAUUCCUCCAGAGGUGGGGUUUCUCCAAAAUCUACAGCACUUUGCCAUCACUGGAAACAAGGUGGAAGUGGUGCCCAAGCAGCUGUUCAAAUGCACAAAGUUGCGUACCCUAUCCCUUGGACACAACUGCAUCUCGUCGCUACCAGAGAAAAUCGGACAGUUGCUGCAGCUGACUCAUCUUGAGCUGAAGGGGAACUGCCUGGAUCGCCUACCCGCACAGCUUGGCCAGUGCCGACUCUUGCGCCGCAAUGGUCUCAUUGUGGAGGACCACCUUUUUGAUUCACUGCCCCUAGAGGUCAAAGAGAGCAUAAGUCAGGAAAUCACUGCUACUUUUGCUAAUGGGGUGUGAUUGGGAAUCGGGAAGAAAUGUUCAGACCUAAAGUGGAGCGGAAUUGAGGAGCCCAAAAGGCAAUGUUUUCAAAAUUCUCUCUUUUUUUUUCUUUUUUUUUUUUUUUUUUUAAAUUGAAAUAAAUUGUAUCCAGGACUGCUGGCAUGAAUGGAUGUUCCAGAUAUAAAGAAUGAGUCCAGUAUCAAAGCUUAUGUUAUCAUUUAUUGUAAUUUUCUGCACAGGCCAAAACAAAUUGCCAUUAAACCAAUAAUAAAACUUUGUACAACACAGUGCAUAGAAUUCGUAAGAAUUAUUAAAAUCUUUUAGAUUAUUAUGCCUGUAUGCAUGGGUCUUUAUUAUCAUUAUUUUUAUUAUUUGCCCAUGUUACAGUGUAGAUAUAAUUCAGAUCAUUUUUGUUGCUGUUACUUUCCAUGAGCAUUUCUGUUAAUUGUUUUCACCAGCUGUUUUCCACACAGUCUGCAUCAUAUGCAUUGUGCAUUGUGGUGCCAUUAACGAUUGUAGAUUGGAAGAACCCAGAACAACUGACAUUUAUUACAAAGUUAGUCACAACUACUGGAUUUGAGUAAGUGUUAAAAGAGUCUACCUGGAAUUCCUUAAAAAGAAAUUCUCAUUUGAGUAAUACAGUAAUUUAAUAUGAGAACUGAACGUUUGCAUUGAUACAAAAUUACCAUAUUUAUCUAGCUCAAUCAAACUGAAAAUUUUAUACUUUAGUUACAGUCUCUUCCACCUUUCUGUAAUGAGUUGGUGUCCAUUACUAUUAAACAAACUAUUUUGAACUGUAAUAAAAAUUUUCAGCAGUGAAAAUGUAUUAAUGCUUUUGCAGCAACCUGUAAUUUGGAUUUGAUGAUGUACAAACUAAAGGUAAUAAUGUGCAUUGCAAUGCAAGUCUUGGCAACAAAAUAGUCUUGCCCUGCUAACAUCAUCUUUUUAUGUGGCCUAGAAAAGUAAUGCAUAUGUUACAGUGACCUCAUUUGACUUGUGCAUGUUUUGUAUAUAAUACUAUAUGAUGGGACAGACCUGUAAUGUGUACACUGCAUGGUCCUUGCUGCUCAAAAACACCCAAUAGCCAUGUAUAGUAGUAAACUAUCCCUGAUAUAGAUAUUCUAAAAUCAAAUCUUAGUCAGUAAAUGUGUACGACUACCAUCUGCUUAACCGUUAGCCCUUACUGACUAUAGAAAAAGUAAAGGAAAUGGUUGCAUUGUGUGAAUCAGUGUUUUAAGUGUUUUACCUUGCAAUUGACAUUUUCUGUGCUGUGAAUGCCCAUGCUGUUAACUUUUGAGGCAAAUGCACAAAAAGAGGACUUGUCAGAUGUUAGGUUCCAAUAUUCACUCUAGUGAAUGAAUUUUCUUGAACCUUUGUUUAUUUGUUAAAGUUUUCUUGACAAAGUAACACAUCUGGCAUGUAGAAAUGAUUGAAACAUGAUCAAGAUAUAAAGGGAUAGUUCAAUCAAAAAUAAGUAUGGUCAUCAUUUACUCACCUUAAUGUCACUCCAGACAACCUAUAUUACUUUAUUUAUUCUGUGGAACAUAAAAAGUAGUUGAAAGUUGUUUGGACCCCUUGACAUGAGGGUAAAUGAUGACAUAAUUACAUUUUUUUUUUGUAAACUAUACCUUUAAGAAAAAUGGUUUCACUGUUGCACCCAAAUAUUCCUUAACCAUUUUCUAUUUUUAAACCAUUGAUUUGUGAAGAGGGGGUGCAACUAUGUGCUCAAUCUGUUGAAACAAAAUGUAUUGACGAACAAAAUGUUGAUAUCAGAUUAAGUAGUGUUUGCUUCAAGCCAUUCAGUUGUUAAUGAGAUUCCAAAUGAUUUGAACAUGAAUUGAAUAAUUUGGAAUAAAGUUUGUUGUGUUUUUGUUAUUUUAAAACCAAACCAAAAGGAGUUCAAAAGGACACAAACUUCACUUUUUUUUUUUUUUUUUUUUGUCCUAUUCACAUUUCAAAGAAGACUUUCUGGAAUUAUUCUUCCCACACUGUUAUAUUUGUCCCUCUGAAAUGCUGCAGGGUCUGAUCUGUAAUUGGUAUCUUUUUGACCCCUCAAGAAUAUUCAGACUUGUUGAUGUCUUGCCAGAUGAGGCUUGAAAAUCAUUUUUGAUACAUGUGUGACUAACAAUAAUCAUAACCACAUGUCAAUCUAAAGAUGGGUUUCAAUGUUUUGCGUGAGUUGAAAUUAAACUACUUUGUAGGUUUUGUAAAAUAUGUUGCACUGUUAAAAUGGUUCUGUUUGAUGUUUU